UUUCAGUAGAGCUGCAGCUUAGAGGUGGAUAAAGUUCGUCUCCACGUUGGAAGUGAUAGAAAGUAUUAUCCCUAUUCGGGCUGUUUGUGCUUUUUGGGGAAGGAGGAUCAAUCAAAGCGGAUACCUGAGGUGUGAAAACAGUGAGGCUCGGCGGCGGAAGCUCGUUUUUUUUGUUGAUGAUCGCACGGAUCACAAGAGAAAAGUUUUCUCAGGACGCGAAGUUGUCAAGUGAGUUGAACUUCAACAAUAGGCGGACUCUAUCACAAGACAGUCCGACAGAUAGAGAGUCACAGGACACAUGUAAAGCAGUCGAUCGUGGGACUUGUGUGUGUUUUUUAAUGAGAAUAGACCUCCCUCAAGGUGAUAAAAACUUUAUGUCCAGAAAAAUGGAAGCGACGUUUUACGACGAAGCCGUGAAUGCUUCCAACUCUCAGCAUGACGGGACGACAGUGUAUGGGUUCAACCCCAAAACCCUCAAACAGACCAUGACCCUAAACCUAAACGACCCGAAGAACUUCAAACCCCAGCUGAGCUCCAAGGCCCUGGACAUCCUGACGUCCCCUGAUGUCGGCUUGCUGAAGCUGGCCUCGCCUGAACUGGAGAGACUGAUCAUCCAGUCCUGCACCGGGCUGACGACUCCCACCCCGACCCAGUUCGUCUGUCCCAAGAACAUCACCGACGAGCAGGAGGGGUUCGCCGAAGGCUUUGUGAGAGCGCUGGCUGAGCUCCACUACCAUCAGCAGGGACCCGCCGUCCACCCUGACGCACAGGCCAAUGCGACCAACAGCAUGGCAUCCGGCUCUGCCGCGUCCGAGAGCGGCGGGAUUUCCUACAGCUGCACGGUGCGCACCGACCCGCCGGAGUACACAAACUUGGGCACUUUCAACCGGGCAGUGGGAUCUGCGUCUGCACCUGCCAACGAGAGGCACCCACCUAUGAGUUACCCAUCCGCCCCACAGCCGUCCCACAACCACAUGGACCACCAGCUGGCGGCGGCGCAGCACCCGCGGCUACACGCGCUCAAAGAGGAGCCGCAGACGGUGCCAGAGAUGUCCGGCGACACCCCGCCGCUCUCCCCCAUCGACAUGGAGAACCAGGAGCGCAUCAAAGCGGAGCGGAAGCGCAUGAGGAACAGGGUGGCCGCGUCCAAAUGCCGGAAAAGGAAGCUGGAGAGGAUCUCCCGGCUGGAGGAUAGGGUCAAAAACCUGAAGAGUCAAAACACGGAGUUGGUUUCCUCUGCCAACGUCCUCCGGGACGAGCUGGCUCUGCUCAAGCAAAAGGUCAUGGACCACGUUAACAGCGGCUGCCAGCUCAUUUUGACGCAGCAGCUCCAAGCUUUCUAGACUGCCAAGGGAAAAGAACCAAGGGACAUUUCUUGGGGACCAAAAUGCAGCUUAAAGUGGGCCUGUUCAAGGAGAGAGGGAGGGGGAGGGCGAGGGGGGGGGGGUCUCUGCGUCUCAUUUCAUUCUUCCACCAAAUUAUGCGCUCACUAAGACAAAGAGCAACGGAUGGAGACUGACAAGAUGUCUGUAAUAUCACAGAGAGGCCACCAAACUUGGGGGUGCAUGGACUCAGAGGGGACAUUUGCUCCAAAAACGACUCUGAUGUGACUUGUUAGACAUUUCUUUUUCCCCAAAAAAACUUAAAAUAUCAAAUUUGUAUUCAGUCAAGCCAAGGCAGUAUGGCAUGUGUCCAUACCAUCAGAUCAUUUUUUAAAUUAAGUCCCCUGCGUCCUGACAAGCCAGCUAGAACCUGUGCUGGCUCCGAUUGGGCAAAAACACAAUGUGAACGAGGCCUUGCCCUGCAAAUCUCCCACUAUGUCAAGUAGCAACAUAUGCAUUUAGACUUGAGUCAAGCACUGAGCAUCCCACCAGCGACUUUACAGUAUGUACAGAGUAACACUAACAACAGGAAAAGCAAUGUUUCACACCUUUUACGCAAGGACUCUUCUAUAGGUGUGUGUGUAGCGUUUACUGACAAAAACUGCCUUAUACUUUCUUAACUCUUAUGUUCAUACAAGUUUGUGAUAUAGGUGUAACUGAUGUUAGACCUGAAAUAACACUUUGUAAUAUUUGUACGCUGUAUUUUGAGCACUUCAGACCUGUACAUAUGACUAAAUAAAAUGUUGGACACGCUGA